AAUCUGUUUGCAAAAAUGGCCGGGUGCAAAUAUUUUACUGUGCUUGAUCUAUCUACGGCAUAUCAGCAGCUGGAAUUGCACCCGCAGGCGCAGUUACUAGUCGUGGUCAACACACACUUGGGGUUGUUCAGGUACACGCGUUUACCCUAUGGCAUAACGAGUGCACCUUCGAUAUUUCAGGCAGUCAGGGAUGACGUGUUAAAAGGGCUGGAUCGCGUAGCGUGCUAUCUGGACGACGUGCUGGUAGCUGGAGCUACGUUUGAUGAGUGUUUCCAAAAGGUGGAAAGUGUUCUGUCACGGUUUCAGGACAGGGGCAUACGGUUAAAGAAAGAAAAAUGCAGGUUCUUUCAAACGUCGGUCUCGUACUUGGGGCACGUUCUUGAUGAAAAGGGCAUACGCCCGUCAGAUGAAAAAGUAAAGGCAAUAAUGGAGGCGCCGUCACCAAAGGAUGAAUCACAGUUGCGGGCCUACCUGGGGUUGCUUAACUUCUAUGGGAAGUUCGUUCCUAACAUGGCCGCCAAGCUAAGGCCUUUGUAUGACGUAGUAAACCAGGAAAAAGGUUUCAAGUGGUCACUUCAGGCAGAACAAGCAUUUCAGCAAAGUAAAACGUGGCUAACGGGCGAGAAUGUUUUGACAUACUACGACCAACAAAAAGAGAUUGGGCUUGUGUGUGACGCGUCAGCGUAUGGCGUAGGCGCCAUUCUGUUUCAUAAGAAUGGUAAAGAUGAAAAGCCAAUUGCAUACGCGUCUAGGGCACUGAGCAAAGCAGAGCAAGGGUACGCUCACAUCGAAAAAGAGGCUCUCGCCGUUGCCUAUGGGCUCAAGAAAUUUCACAAGUACCUGUUUGGGCGUAGUUUCGUCAUUUAUUCAGAUCACCAGCCAUUAGCUAGCCUUCUGGCGCACGGCAAGCCUAUUCCAGUGAUGUCAGCGGCACGCAUGCAACGCUGGGCUUUGUUGCUAGCGGCUUACGAUUACAAAUGGGUGUAUCGUAAAGGCAGCGAUAUUGGAAACGCUCACGCGCUGUCGCGGUUGCCGUUGCCGAAUGAUAAGGAUGUUUCAGAUUAUGUACAUUUCUUCUCAGUUGUCGAUGAACUUCCCUUGUCUGCUGACGCGAUCCAAAAGGGAACGAGCACUGAUAGGGUGUUAUCGAAAGUGUUGAUGUACACGAGGAGUGGCUGGCCUACGCGUGUAACGGACAGUGAAUUGUCCCCGUACUUCGUCCGCCGGCAUGAGCUGUCCGUAGAUCAGCAGUGCGUUACGUGGGGAAAUCGUGUGAUUGUCCCUCGCCGCUUGCGCAAACAAGUGUUAGCGCUUCUGCACGAAGGUCACCCCGGAGUUACGCGCAUGAAAAUGCUCGCGCGUAGCUAUGUCUGGUGGCCUCAGUUAACACAAGACAUUGAAUGUGUUGUUAAAAGUUGCAGUACCUGUCAGUUGACGCAAAACGCUUCACCGAAGGCCCCACUACAAACUUGGGGUUGGCCGAGCCGCAGAUGGCAACGAAUCCACCUGGAUUUUGCAUUCACAGACAACCAAUGGCUUUUGGUGCUGGUGGAUGUACACUCCAAAUGGGUGGAGGUGUUCGUGAUGAGUUCAACAACGGCAGAAAAGACUAUUGAAAAGCUUCGGAGUGUGUUCGCGGCGUAUCGCCUUCCGGAAGAGGUCGUUGCGGACAACGGGCCGCGGUUCACUGCGAAGAACUUCACAGAGUUUCUGCUCAGGAACGGAGUGCGUCAUACCAGGACACCUCCGUACCAUCCGGCAUCAAAUGGAAGUGCCGAGAGAUGCGUCCAGACGGCCAAACGGGAUCUUCUGCGACAGCUUCUCGACGAAAACUCUUUGGGCGUCAGGAAGACCCUACAACACCGUAUAGACCAGUUUCUAUUCAGGUAUCGGAACACCCCCACCACGACAACGGGGCAAACGCCUGCUGAACUGUUCCUGUCGUGGAAGCCCCGCACCCGCCUGACCCUGCUACAGCCAGAUCUGGAGAGACGUAUAGCAGAUCGUUUCUCCAAGAUCAAGAGCCAAGCUGACGACAGAAGAGGGCCGUGGAGGUCAUUCGAAGAGGGCGAAAGAGUAAUAGUUCAAGGCCUUCGUCCGGGGGAGACAAAGUGGCUACCUGGGGUCAUCGAGAAAAGGUGCAGUGCCGUUACGUACAGGUCCCGUCAAAAUGCCUUCGACAUGUACAUCGGGCAAGCACCCUUUGAUAUGUCGCCUAGGCAACGAAGGAGUCUCAUGAUCAAGUACAUUCCGGAGCAUCUUCAAGAUAUCGACAGGAAGCUGCAGUUUUAG